AUGGUCGGCUUCUCCGCCUUGACCUCGAGCAACCGUGUGAUUGGACUGCCGGGUAGUAAGUCACUACCAAGUUGCCAACAGUCUGAAGCCUCGCCCCUCCACGGUACAUUGUUAUCAUUUCACUUCAAGCGCCAAUCUCAAGCGUCCAACUUUUACGAAACCAACCCCCAUGUACCACUGUGCAUCCUCUCUAUUCAUCACAUCCCUAUGAUCUCCCUCUUCCCCUUCGCCUCUUCGUAUUCUUCCUCGACGACGGUCCCCACCACUGUAGGCGGUACCGUUCAGCUGGAGUUCCAGAACACAGCCUAA